CUGCAUUCAGAUGACAGACGUCUGUCAAAGAUAGCGAGGCGAUCCGACAACGGUGGACCGGACCGUUACUCUCUUCACUCAUAUCUGGGAACACUACCUUUUAUUGAAUACACUGUCUGGAAAUGUUAUUUAACCCGACUGGUUUAAACGAAUGUUUACAAGAAUGGGAGGAUCUGGAAAAAGACUAUCAACAGGUUCAGGAGACACAUCGACUUUACAAACAAAAGCUGGAGGAAGUUUCGAAACUGCAGGACAGCUGUUCUUCUUCUAUUGCACGGCAGAGGAAAAAAAUAAAGGAUCUCAAUGAAUCCCUGCAGGAAUGCAGAGUGGUAGUGAAUCCAGAAGAUGUAAAUAAAAUAGAUGAGAUCCAAGAUUCUAUAAAGGAAAGAUCAAACGUCUUCUUUGAGAUGGAGGCCUUCCUGCCAAAGAAAAAUGAGUUAUACCUCAGUCUUGUUCUUGGAAAUGUUAACGUUACGCUCCUUAACAAGCACUCCAAGUUUGCCUAUAAAGAUGAGUACGAGAAGUUCAAACUAUACUUGACUGUGCUGCUCUUGUUGUUCUCAUUCACCUGUCGGUUCUUGGUCACCUACAGGGUUCUAGAUGCACUUUUCAACUUCCUGUUGGUGUGGUAUUAUUGUACAUUGACAAUAAGAGAGAGCGUGCUCAUUAGUAAUGGGUCCAAGAUCAAGGGCUGGUGGGUGUUUCAACACUAUGUCUCAACAUUUCUCUCUGGAGUAAUGCUGACCUGGCCAGAUGGUGAACUCUACCAGAUGUUCAGAAAUCAGUUCCUGUCCUACUCCAUGUAUAUAAAUUUUGUUCAGUUUCUCCAGUACUAUUACCAGAGUGGCUGCUUAUAUAGACUCAGAGCUCUUGGAGAAAGACACAACAUGGACCUCACAGUUGAGGGAUUUCAAUCCUGGAUGUGGAGGGGUUUGACCUUUCUCCUGCCUUUCCUUUUUUUGGGCCAUUUUUUCCAGCUUUAUAAUGGAAUUACACUGUUCCAAAUGGCCCAGCUUCCAGAAUGGAAAGAGUGGCAGGUUCUCAUGUGCGGCUCUACUUUCCUUGUUUUGUUCAUGGGAAAUUUCUUCACCACACUUGGUGUUGUUUACCACAAAUACAUGGAUCAGGACAAAGCCAAAGCUUUAUAAAUGAUGGGCACAAAGGCACUAAUGAACUCUUUAUUAAAGCAAUUUGUGUUUUAUAUAAACAUUUUUAUAAAAUGUCAGUGUGCUAAUAUUCUGUUGCUUAUAUGUUGUCAAUAAGUGUUUUUUUUUCUAUUUGUGGUUCAAACUGGCUAAGUUGUGAUUUUUGUAAAUGUGGCACAAAUUGUAAGGGAUGAAAUGUCUUUCCCCUAAACCUAAAAUAUUUAAUAUUUUGCUUUUAUUUUAUUAAACUGUCAUGGUGUUUUGCACUCCAUGUGUCAAAGCAA